AAAAAUACCAGAAAUACCCAGUGGAAUCGAAUUAAAAUUGCUGCUUCUUUUUUGUCCGUCCCGUGGACUUUUCUCCAGAGGAUUUGGUUCCAAUUCGCAAAAGAAAAACACAAAUAAGGCAACAGAUAGCGCGAUUAACUAUUGUUUUCUAGACAGUGCGUCAUAGUUUGUUCGAAAAACCGCGUAAAAACGCAACAACGCAGCAGGAAAGUCGCGCCUCCGCCGUCUCCGCCUCACCAAUAAAAAAAACGAAAAAAGAUCUCGGAUCGCACAGGGUUUUUCUACAUUUUGGAUUAGUGGGUGCUAGGGAGUGAUUUAGCCGACCUAUAGAGAGUGCCCCACUGGCGUCGCGUCGCUUUGGAUUAUGUCAUUUGUUUACGGGGAAUCGCCGCAGGCAAAGUAGUCAAUGUUGCAUCCGAAAGAGGCAGCGAAAACCUGUAAAAAUGUAGACUGUGUGCGUGUGUGUGUGUGUGGGCCAGUGCCAGUGCUAGUGUAGUGUCCGUGUCCGUGAGUGAUUGUGUGUGUGCGGAUAAUGGACGUUUAGUUUUUAGUCGUGGCCGCAUAAAUAAAUAGCUAUAUAUAUAGAGAUAUAGCGAUAGGAUCGUGUAGGAUAUCUGUGCAUGGGCUAUGGCCGCCUUUAAUCCCGGCGCCACAAGCAGCAGUGCCGCCGAUGUCUUGAGCGCCACCACAGCAACGGCCACUUUUCUGGUGCCCACCACUGCAGCCGUCUCGCAUCCUGGCGCCCAUCCUGCCCAGCUGCAGUUGGACCAAUUCGGCGGCUACGUGGGCACGCCCGCCCUGCAUCACCACCAUCAGCAGACCAACUCGUCGUACACCUUUGUGCAGAUCAAGCGGGAACCGUGUCAGGUGUCCGAGAUCAGCUCCAACAAUUGCCACCAGCCACAGCAACAGCAGCAACAACAGCAGCAGUUGCAGCACCAGGCUCUGUCCUCCGCCUCGGUGACCGCGUCCUCCAAGACCAUGUCCUCCUCCACUCUGACCACGCUGGUAAAAAUAGAAGCGCCCUCGUCAAAGGUCUCGGAAUUGGAGAAGUCCUCAGGCAACUCCGUGCCGAUUGGCAUCGCCGUGGCCAGGAAACGGCCACAGGAAGCCCUGGUGCCGGCCAUAAACACCCCCGCCACGCUGCCCCUGCAGCCUCCACUCAACAAGGACUUGAACUGCUUUGGCAUACGCGUCGCUGACCUCGGUGCCACCAGUUGCGGCAACUUGUACUUUACGGGCAACGGCGACCUGAUGACCACCGGCACCGCCACCGCCGAGGAACUGGCUCUCAGUGCAGCAGGUGUGAACCGAGCUCCCUCCACCUUUUGGCAGUAUCCAAAUGCAUUACCCAUUGAAUCAGUGAUUUCCAUGUCGCCCGCCACGGUGGGCCUGCAGUACUCGCGGGAGGCCAGUCGCGGCCAGGUGGUCCUGCUGCCGGCCGGCCCCACAGCGCUCGCAGGCAUAUCAAAUUUUCCCCUCUUAACGCCCACAGAUCCGUUCCAGCAGGCAGCCGCCGCGGCGGCCUUCGUCUGGCCCUCGGCCUACAUCCCUCAGGCUCCGGCUCCUGGCGGCCAUCCUGCCGCUGCUGCUGCCGCCGCCGCCGCAGCUGCCUCGCUGCAGCCGUCGCCGAAUCUGUCCAGCCUGCCGAACUUCAUCUUCCCCUCGAUGGGCGGCCACCAGGCGCUGAGCACCACGCCGUCGUAUGCCUCCCUGCAGCUUUACCUUGCCGCUGCGGCCACGGCGACGGGCAGCUCGACGAUGUGCCAGCACAGCAACCAGCAGACGAGCACCACCACCACGAACUCCACCAUCAAUCUGAGCCUGGCGGCCGGUUCGGGGGUCACGCCGAGCGGAAAUGCGGCCAGCAGCCUGAGCUCCAGCAGCAGUUUGAGUGCGAGCAGCUCGAGGUUUCUCAGCCUGGCCACUGGACAGCCGGGAAUACCGUCGCUGCUCUCCCUGCCGCCGCCGCCGGGAAUGAAGGAGGAGUACUCGAUGCCGCUGUCCUUGCCACCGUUGGUGCCGCUGGAAGCGGCGCGGGAUAAGGAGCAGGCCCUCAACCUGAUGCGCCUGCCCACGCCGCCGACGUCGGCCACAAUGGAACCGUCUUCCCUGGGCCAUGCAACGCCCCACCAUCUCUUCCAGUCGGGCGCCAUGGCAACGCCCACGCCGGCACUGCUCAACCUUUCGAUGCAUGGCAACGGCGGCGAGCUGUCCGCCGCAACGCCUCUGCCGGCGGUUUGUGAUGAAGUCGCCCUCAACUACAAGCUGCACGCACCGCUGACGCCGCAGACACCGCCUCGCCUGGCCGAGAUUUCCGUGUCGGGAGCGACGCCACUCUUGCCGCAGAUGCAGGAUGUCAAUAUACAGACGGAUACGCCCGUUUGCAGCGAGGAUGAGAGUAUCCCGGGACCAGUGAAGCCGCAGGAUAACGGAGUGGACGCCCCGCAGCCAGCACCUUCCCUAAUUCAACCGCUGGAGCUGACGAAGCCCAGUGAAGCCAGCCAUACCCAGCCGACCGAGUGCCAUACCCAGACCGAACCCAGUGACAUACCCAGUGCCAGCCAGGAGGAGUCAGCGGAGCAGACUCCCCCGGAACCCGUAGAAACCAUGUCGCAGGCCACGCAGGCCGAUCAGCCAGCAGCGCCCGAGGACCUCACCGGUCUGGAGCUGCUCUCGAACAUCAGCACCAACAGCAAGCCCCUGGUGAGAGUUAAACAGGAGCCGGUGGAGCAUGUGGAGCAGUUCCCACCACCACAACUACCACCACCGCCGCAGCAGCAGCAGCAGCAGCCAGUGGAACUGAUGCCGCCAGAGCCUGUGCCGCCCAUGCUGGAAAUGGAGCCCUCAUCCGCACCAGAACCUCUCGGCGGACUCAAGCUGCUGUGCGCCCUGGCCGAGCAGCGCAUCCAGGAGGAGGUGGUGCAGGGCAGCAGUCUGUUUGCCACGCCCUCGUCGCGAACGCCUACGCCUACGCCAACGUCGCAGAUAAUGGGAACGACAGCGGCUGUGACGACGCCACCGGUCUUUGAGGCCAAGUCCUGCUUCGGAUUCGGACAGUCGCAGGCUCCCGUCUUCCCCUCCUCCACCUCCUCCUUCCAGAUGCCAUUGAGCUCGCCCGGCUUCCCCUCGAUGCAGGGCAUCGAGCUGCCAUCCACGUCCGCGGGCGCCGUGGCCGAGCUGACGCCCGUGAAGCGCAAGAAGCACAAACAUUCCAAGUCCUCGGGCAGCGACAGUCGCAAGUCGGCGCGCUGCAGCAAGAAGAGCAAGAAGAAACGCCGCCACAGCAGCAGCCGGCAGCUGUCCGCUCCCGCGGAGGAGGAAGUCGACCUGCAGGACGAACAGCUGCAGGCGGAGCUGCGCAGCGCCCUGCACGCCAUGGAUCCCAGCUAUGCGCAGCGCUUCGGCCAGGAGGUUUUCAGCAUGAUGGACAACAGCAUGCGAAUGCGACUGGCGGACGUGACGCGGCAGUAUCGCAAGAAGAAGCGGAAGCUCGAGGAGAUUUCGAAGCACAAGAAAAAGAAGAAGUGCUCCAAGCAGCAGCUGCAACUGCAACAGCAGCAGGCCAUCCAGCAUGCGGUGCAGCCGCCACCUGCUCUGCAACAGCCACAGAUGACGCUGUCCAGUGUUCUGGGAACCUCAUCACCGCUGCGCGACUACAAAUUCCCGAAGUUUUCGAGCAGCAACCUUCAGGCGUCCAGUUUCCUGCGUUUCCCGGACAAGACGCACUCGUUUCCCCCACCGCCGUCCCUGCAGCCGCCAGAACCGGAGCAAAGUCCCUUGCCCAGCAGCAAUUCACCGAGUACCUCGUCGUUUGUCCGCCUGGAGCCCAGUGCGUUGGAUGCGGCCGCGGCCACUGCCCCAACUACCUCUGCGACUUCCGCCUCCUGCUCGCCAUCCACCAAACAGACGGCGGCGGCUUCUGCGGUGCGGAAGCAGCGAAAGAUGAAAGCGACCAGCAGUGGAGUCGCUGGAGAGCAGACAACGGCCACGGAGGCGAAGCGACGGGUCAGCGGCAUCGAUCGCGAACUGCAGCUGACCAGCGAACAUCUGUAUCGCGAUGAGACGCGAGUGCUGACCGACAUGGGAGGGCUCUUCUAUGCGGGCGUGAUGAAGCCACUGCGUCCGCCGGACGUGUACUCCAUCACUUUGGACGGCGAGCGCGGCAACAAGUCGCAUGUCAUGUCCCGCGAGGAUAUACUCAAGGAUACGAUCCUCGAGAAGGCGCCGAAGAGUGUGGAAAGUGUGCCCGUGGGCACGCGUCUGUGUGCCUAUUGGAGUCAGCAGUAUAGAUGCCUCUAUCCGGGUCGUGCCAUCGAAUCCGAGCAAGUGGAGGAUGGGGCGGCCAGCAGUGCAACGCAUUCGGCCACGUCUCCGCCGGAUUUUGUGAGCGUGGAGUUCGACGACGGAGACAGCGGCAGGAUCCGCUUGCAGAACAUCCGCCUGCUGCUCAGCGAUUAUCCCAUAGCAGAGUACAACGAUAAUCCCCUCUACUCAGUAGGCAAGCAGAAGCGAAGCGCUCUGCGCGGUGGUGAAAGUGGCCCCGGAGGAGUCACGCAGGAUCAUCUGAGUGUGCCCGGCUGUGAGGAUUCGCACAGCCAUCACAGCCUGGGGAUGAGUAGCGAUAACACCACCUCGCUGGCCGCCACAAUGGAGCUCUUUACGCAGCGCAGCGAAAAGAAGCGGCUGAAGAAGAGCCUCAAGAAGAUGUCGAAGGCUCAGAAUGGCAUUAAUUCGGCGACGGUUGCGAAUGGAGCAGCAGAUCCUGCUGCAGCCGGCGAGGGUGUCAGUGCAGAGGACGCCGCUCGGAAGCACCACAAGCACAAGAAGCGCAAGAAGCACAAGAAGCAUCACCGCAAGAAUGGCAGCGAGGAGCCGGAGCAACAGGUUGUUCAGCAGGACUUUUCUGCGGCAGCACAGGAAGCAACAGAGGCUCCGUCCGCAGAGAUUUCCUCAGCACCAGCGCCCACUGCGAAUCGCGUUAAGGUGGAGGUCAAGGUCAAGACCGAGCAGUUGGAAAUGGAAGAGGAGACCGCAUCCAAUCUGAUGUCAGAGAUAUCCGAUGAGGCCAAGGGCGACGAUUUGGUUGAGCAUAACAACUCCAAGGGAAGCAGCAAGAUAGCCGCCUUCCUGCCAGAACGGCAGCUUUGGGGUUGGUAUGGUACCGCCUAUCGCAAGGCGGGCGUCAAGGGACGCGCCAGAAAGCAAUUUUACAAAACAAUCAAAAGGGGAAAGGAGACUAUCACGGUCGGGGACAGUGCAGUAUUUCUAUCGACGGGCAGACCAGAUCGACCCUAUAUCGGGCGCAUUGAGUCCAUGUGGGAAACGAGCACGGGCAACAAGGUGGUGCGAGUGGCGUGGUUCUAUCAUCCGGAGGAGACGACCGGCUGUCCAAUGUUGAAAUUUCCGGGUGCUCUUUUUGAAUCGCCGCACGAGGAUGAGAACGAUGUGCAGACCAUUUCGCAUCGGUGCGAGGUGCUGCAGUUUGGCAGCUACUUCGACAAGUUCGGUGCCGAUUCGAAGCAAUAUCAAUCCAUAUACGAUAACAAUGAUACAUAUUAUUUAGCCGGGCACUAUAACCCAAGGUUACAAGUGCUAAAACUACAAGACGAUAUUCCAACUCUCGAAGAGCUGCAGGAUACAAAUACUACUACUACUACAGAAACUACUACCGAGGAUUAAGCGACAAGUGGAUAGGCGUGGUUAGGCAUAGUGCAUACAGAUCUAUAUAUAUACAAUAUAUAUACAUUAUACAUAUAUUUUACUAUACGUGACCAGAUGGAGCAGAUAUAUACCUAUAUGUAUACAAAUAUUAUUUCUAUAUAUUUUAAAUGUAUUACGUAUUUCGAGAACUCAAAAAAAAAAACCAUUAACAAAAAAAGCAAAAAACAAACAAAAAACAAAAAGGACACUGGCGAGAGAUAAAACGAGAGAGAGAACAAGGAACUAAGCAACAACCACUAAAUUAAUGUGUAAUGUGUAGUUACGAGAAGCGCAAGCAAUUUUAAGUCUAAUUUUGUAAAAACAAAACAAACAAACAAACUGAAAUGGCGCGUUGAUGACAACAAUGUUGAUUCACUUAAAGUUCAGCGAAUGUUUACAAACGAAAUGUGUGCUUCUGACAUCCCCUUUGACCCUUCGAACACAACACAUAACAUAACAUAACAUACAAACUAAACAACCAACCAACCACAAACAAACAAACAAACGAACACAGUCCACAUUUAGAGCUAUAGCUACAGAUAUUGGAUACACUUGUUAAUUGACGUGUAUACCUACAUGUUUCAGAUGAAAUUUAAAACGUGUUUUAAAGAUUUUAAGCAGGCAACAUGCAGCAACUACUACUAUAAAUGUAACAAUUCAAUGUGAUAGCAAAACAAAACCAGAUGUUGAUGUGUACAGAGGAGAGAAUAAGUAUAGAUGAUAAAUAAGAAAUCAAGCAGAUUGUGUGUGUUGAAUAUUUACAGUUCGUUUAUUCAAGAAGAACAGCAACGUAUAAAAUCAAACCUAUCUUUAAUUACAUCAAUAAACUUGCCGGAUAUAUUGAAA